AGGAAAGGUGGUUGGCUUACGGCACAGUAGGGAGCUUCCAGGGCUGGCUGGCGUGGGAUACCUGUACCACAGAAAUGCAGGGACCAUUGCUUCUUCCAGGCCUCUGCUUUCUGCUGAGCCUCUUUGGAGCUGCGACUCAGAAAACCAAAUCUUCCUGUGCUAAGUGCCCCGCAAAUGCUUCCUGUGUCAAUAACACUCACUGCACCUGUGACCAUGGAUAUACUUCUGGAUCUGGGCAGAAACUAUUCACAUUCCCCUUGGAGACAUGUAACGACAUUGAUGAAUGUAAACCACCCUAUAGUAUAUAUUGUGGAUUCAAUGCUGCAUGUCACAAUGUCGAAGGAAGUUUCUACUGUCACUGCAUCCCAGGAUAUAAACUCCUUCCUAGGAAUGAAAAAUUCAAUAAUUCCAAUGAGAACAUCUGUCAGGACGCCACAUCCUCAAAGACAACCCAGGGCAGGAAAGAGCUGCAAAAGAUUGUGGACAAAUUUGAGUCAUUUCUCACCAAUCAGACUUUACGGAGUACAGAAGGGAGACAAGAAAUCUCAUCCACAGUUACCACUAUUCUCCGGGAUGUGGAAUUGAAAGUUCUAGAAACUGCCUUGAAAGCUCCAGAACAAAAAGUCCUGAAAAUCCAAAACGGUAGUGUGGCUAUUGAAACUCGAGUGAUUACAGACAAUUGCUCUGAAGAAAGAAAGACAUUCAACUUGAACGUCCAAAUGAACUCAAUGGACAUCCAUUGCAGUGACAUCAUCCAGGGAGACACACAAGGUCCCAGUGCCAUUGCCUUUAUCUCAUAUUCUUCUCUUGGAAACAUCAUAAAUGCAACUUUUUUUGAAGAGAUGGAUAAGAAAGAUCAAGUGUAUCUGAACUCUCAGGUUGUGAGUGCUGCUAUUGGACCCAAAAGGAAUGUGUCUCUCUCCAAGUCUGUGACGCUGACUUUCCAGCACGUGAAGACGAACUCCAGUACCAAAAAGGUCUUCUGUGUCUACUGGAAGAGCACAGAGCAGGGCAGCCAGUGGUCCAGGGAUGGCUGCUUCCUGUUACACGUGAACAAGAGUCACACCAUGUGUAAUUGCAGUCACCUGUCCAGCUUCGCUGUCCUGAUGGCCCUCACCAGCCAGGAGGAGGACCCCGUGCUGACUAUCAUCACCUACGUGGGGCUGAGCGUCUCUCUGCUGUGCCUCCUCCUGGCAGCCCUCACCUUCCUCCUGUGCAAAGCCAUCCAGAACACCAGCACCUCCCUGCAUCUGCAGCUCUCGCUCUGCCUCUUCCUGGCCCACCUCCUCUUCCUCGUGGGGAUUGAUCGAACUGAACCCAAGAUGCUAUGCUCCAUCAUCGCCGGUGCCUUGCAUUAUCUCUACCUGGCCGCCUUCACCUGGAUGCUGCUGGAGGGCCUGCACCUCUUCCUCACUGCACGGAACCUGACGGUGGUCAACUACUCAAGCAUCAACAGACUCAUGAAGUGGAUCAUGUUCCCAGUCGGCUAUGGCGUUCCUGCUGUGACUGUGGCCAUUUCUGCAGCCUCCAGGCCUCACCUUUAUGGAACCGCUGAUCGAUGCUGGCUCCACCUGGACCAGGGAUUCAUCUGGAGUUUCCUUGGCCCAGUCUGUGCCAUUUUCUCUGUGAAUUUAGUGUUGUUUAUCUUGGUCUUUUGGAUUUUGAAAAGAAAACUUUCCUCCCUCAAUAGUGAAGUGUCAACCAUCCAGAACACAAGGAUGCUGGCUUUCAAAGCAACAGCUCAGCUCUUCAUCCUGGGCUGCACCUGGUGUCUGGGCUUGCUACAGGUGGGUCCAGCUGCCCAGGUCAUGGCCUACCUCUUUGCCAUCAUCAACAGCCUCCAAGGCUUCUUCAUCUUCUUGGUCUACUGCCUCCUCAGCCAGCAGGUCCAGAAACAAUAUCGAAAGUGGUUUAGAGAGAUCGUAAAAUCAAAAUCUGAGUCUGAGACAUACACACUUUCCAGCAAGAUGGGUCCUGACUCAAAACCCAGUGAGGGGGAUGUUUUUCCAGGACAAGUGAAGAUAAAAUAUUAAAACUAGAAUAUUCAACUCCAUAUGGAAAAUCGUAUCCCUGGAUCUCUUUGGCAUUAUGAAGAAUGAAGCUAAAGACAAGGGAAUUCAUUAAACAUAUCAUCCUUGGAGAGGAAGUAAUCAACCUUUACUUCCCAAAGUGUUUGUUCUCCUUAAUAGGCUCUCAACAAACGUGUGGUAAAUUGCAUUUCUCUUCACUAUGGUGUAUUCAGUCAAUGCUUGUCCUUGGAAACCCAAGUCAUGACCACUGCAAAUAUUUCCUUGACUUUUUGUAAAUGAAGAGGUCCUUUUCCUCAAGUUCUUAGUCCCACUCAUCCUA